AUGGCCGGAACUAAGCGCAAGCUGCUCGCCGUAGAGUCAGACGUGAUCCACGACCUCAGCGACAAGCUCGAGUAUCGCGUCGUCAGCAUGAUCCAGAGCGGCAGAGACAAGAAAGCCGACGUGCUCGUGGUAGAGAUCCGGCAGCACAGUCCUCCCCAGCCGGGCCGUCGACCGCGCCAGCCUGGAACUAGGACGGGCACCUGCGUGCUCAAGACGUUCCCGCGCAAUGUCCAAAACGACACGGCGUACGCCAACGAGCUAGCAGCCAACGCGGUACUCUCCCGCUCUAUUGCGUCUAGCAGCACUUCUGAAGACGACGCCUGCCAGCUAGCCUUUAACACGAUCAGCAGCGCUCCCUCCGAGGCGUGGCCGCUGUGUCUGGGCCGGGUGCACGUAGCAGCACCACCAUCACCACCCACAGCCAGACCGAGAACGAGCACGACCGGCAAAAGCAGUAGCAGCAGCAUCAGCAGCAGCAGCUGGACACGCUUUAGCUCCGACACCGGCUCGCCAGGCCAGCAGAACAACAACGACACGCGCAAGGGCCUGCUAUUCGAGCACCUGCCCGACCUUCGCGCCGUCACGGCAGCGACACUCGUCGCCGACAGCGACGCGGUUGCGGGUGACAUCAUGCGGACACUGGUCCGGCUGCACGCGCUCAACAUCCUGCACCGCGACCACGUGCAACACGCGAUGUGGCCGGCGAUCGGGUUUUGUAACCUGUUCCUGUACACCAGCGAGGCCGGUGGCGAGAAGAAGCAGAAGACAUUAGAGGUCGUGGUGCUCGACUUUGGCGGCGCGCUAGUGCUGGCCGGCAGCGAGCGCGACCAGCGGACGAUGGCGAAUGAGCGGGAGCGGAUGCGGGACUUGCUAGAGCGCGCCAGGGACCAGCGGCUGGCCGUCGACCAUCUUUCAAACGAGGCGCGGAAGCUGCUUCGGGGUUGA